GACAUUCAUGGCGAUUUACAGGAAGAGCCUUAUUAUGUUGCCACACGUUUUAGUAAGAACUUUUCUCAAGAUCAACCUACAGAAUUCACAAGGUCUAACAUAAAUAGAUUGUUUACACCGGCUGAUCUCCGGGACGAAAGAAAGGAAAACAUUAAUGAACGAAAGCUAUAUGGAGAAUUAUGGGGAGUUGCACGAAAUAUCACGCAAAAGGCAGUUCAACUUCAUAGACAAGAUGUUCUUGAAAAGCUACAAAAUUUAUUAACUGAAAUACAGGAUGAAGAGUUA